ACUUCCAUUUCUCUGCCAAAAUCAUCCAUUCAACAUUCAUUUCAUCACCAUUACUAUAUACGUUCAAUACAAAUUCACCAUGGCAUUUUAUCAUAGUUCUUCAACCAUUACUUUCCUCCUAUCUCAACUAUUUUUUGCUUCUUUCAUGGCAACCUAUGCAGCAGGAGACUUCUACCAAAACUUCGAUAUUACUUGGGGAGAUGGUCGUGCAAAAAUACUUGAUAAUGGCCAACUUCUCACUCUUUCUCUUGACAAAGCCUCUGGUUCUGGUUUUCAAUCCAAGAAUGAAUAUCUCUUCGGCAACAUCGAUAUGCAACUCAAGCUUGUACCUGGAAAUUCUGCAGGCACCGUCACUGCUUACUAUUUAUCAUCUAAAGGAUCAAACUGGGAUGAGAUUGAUUUUGAAUUCUUGGGAAAUGUGAGUGGACAACCAUACAUUCUUCAUACCAAUGUGUUUAGUCAAGGAAAGGGAAAUAGAGAGCAACAAUUCUAUCUAUGGUUUGAUCCAACUGCUGAUUUCCACACCUAUUCCAUUCUCUGGAAUCCUCAACGCAUUGUUUUUUCAGUGGAUGGAACACCAAUAAGAGAGUUCAAGAAUAUGGAAUCAAAAGGAGUUGCAUUUCCAAAGAAUCAAGCAAUGAGAAUAUAUUCAAGUCUAUGGAAUGCUGAUGAUUGGGCAACAAGAGGCGGUCUUGUCAAGACAGAUUGGAAUCAAGCUCCAUUCGUAGCUUCAUACAGAAAUUUCAAUGCAGAUGCUUCAUCAUCCAAUGCUUGGUACUCUCAACAGUUGGAUUCAACAAGUCAACAGAGAUUGAGUUGGGUUCAGAAGAAUUACAUGAUUUAUAAUUAUUGCAAUGACGCCAAAAGAUUUCCUCAAGGACUUCCAACUGAGUGCACGGCAUCUUAAUCAAUCUUUAAUCAAUCUUUCUAUAUUCAUAUUGCAAACUAUAUGUUUUAAAGAUUUAUUUUUUUCCUUUUUCUUUUUAGUUAGGCCCAUUCAAAUUCUUUCACUUGUAGUUGUAACUUGCUUCAUUUCAAUUCGAUUAUUCUUUUAUACAAUAAACAAAUAAAUAAAUAUUCAGAUUUUUUGUAUUCCAAGCUCAAUUGUUUACUAAUG